UUGGCUUAGAGACGCACGUUGUUAACGCUUGAAAUAAAAACUCGAAAGAAAAAAAAAAACAUAAAAUUAAACGGAACAUAAACGUAAUAAAAAAUAUACACAUAAAAAUAAAACCGCAUUUUAAUAAAAACACCAAAUAAUACAAUAAUAAAAAGUGGCAAAAUAAUACAAGUUGUACUCGUUCGUUUGCUGCUCGUAUUGGCUUUCGAAAAAGAGAGCAAGACUUUAAGAAAGAGUCUGGGCUUAAAUAAGAGUCAAGCUAGUGAUUGUGAUUUUUUCGUCUUAUUGUUGUUGUGGUAGCAGUUGUUGUAGUGAUUUUUUACUACCACUUCUUGAUGUGGUUACCAUUUAAUAUGAAAUAAGAGAACAGGCAGCAGCAACAAGAAUCUAUAAAGAAAACAAAAACAACUAACUAAUCUAAUGCAAUAAAAAAUAUUGUUAGACUCAAAUAGAAAGAAAAAAAAUAAUAAAUAUUAUAUAAAAAUUCAAAAAUUCAAACCGUUAAAAUACAUGAUUUAGAUUUUAUUAAUGCUGAACUAAAACACAUACUACAAGAAUUGGCGAAAGAAUAAGCAAGAAUAAAUAAAUAAUAUUAAAUAAAUAAAUAAAUAUUUAUUUUUUCUAUCACCUCCAACGAACAUGUCGGAUAUUUACUAUUGCAGCAAGAAUAAAAAAACUAGCAGUAGUGAUGGGAAAAGUUCUGCCUCCGAUAAAUCGCCAAAAAGUCUUGUAAGUAAUAAUAACAACAACAACAACAGCAGCAGCAAUAACAAUAAUAAUAACAGCAAUAACAACAGCAGUAAUAUGAGAGACAGUAACGUUUGUGGCAAACACGCAUCAUCGAAUGGCAAAACAAAUUGGAAGGGUGCUUCCAGUAAUUCAAGUUCUCCCCGCGACUCCACCUCAAAUGGCAACUCAACACAAAGCACAGCAUCAGUUCCAAAAGUAUUUCACAAUACACGUUGUACCCGACAUCACAAAGCCCACAGUCACUCACCAAAUCGAACCAGCAAUGGCAAUGGCGUUGUAGUGGCCGAUAUACCCAGUCAUCAUUUGAAUGGGGGACACAAUCACAGUCACAUUCAUCAUUUGCCCAGUGCGGGUCAUAGGAAAAAAACCGAAUCGGUAUUGUCCACAGAUUCGGAUAUACGAUUUACACGACGAAAACUGGGUGAUAGUCAGAAAUGUGGUUGUGCGGUAAUUGCUGGAUUUCUAGUCGCUCUAUUGGUGGCUGGAGUUUUUGUUUAUGUGGGUUAUACUUAUUUCAAACCUGAACCUUUAUCGGAUCGUGUAUUUCGUGGUAAAUUCCAAAUAUUAAAUGAUAAAUGGUCCAUGGAUUUGGCGAAUCAAAACUCUUUGAGGUUUCAACAGAAAUCUAGGGAUUAUCGUGAGCGUAUUAAUCUGCUGGUACGACGUUCAGAUCUUAAGGAGGCUUAUGAUGGCAGUGAGAUAUUGGCUUUAGAUGGAUUCGAGGACACCAGCGAUAUAUUGGUACACUUCAAUAUGGUCUUUGAUCCCUAUGCGGGUUUAGUUUCAACGGCAGAUCUUUUGGCUUUAUUUGGCGAAGAAUUUAGCAGUGCUCAACCUAGAUAUUUUAAUAAUAUCACUGUGGAUCCCAGAAGUCUUAGCAUUAAAGAGGUCACUGGCCUCAUAGAAGAACCCAUUAUGUCUUCUUCUCCAUUGGGCGGUGAUGACGAGACAACGGAGUAUAUUACCACCACCCCUAAGCAGCCCAGACGCUGUGAACCUUUGAAAUUAAACUACUGUCGUUCCAUUGGCUACAACAUCACCACAUAUCCCAACUUACUGGGUCACAACUCAUUUGAGGAAGUUCAGGCUGAUGUUAUAUCAUUCAGAGAACUGGUCGAUGGUGAGUGUUUCCGUGAAGCAUUUGAUUUUGUUUGCCGUUUGAUGCAGCCACCCUGUGAGACACAUGCCAAUUUGGAACCUACAGCCGGUCCAAUAUGUCGAGAAUAUUGUGAACAAUUUAUGAAGGGUUGUGGCAGUCGUUUGCCAAUCAGAUUUCAAAAAUACUUUGACUGUGAAAGAUUUCCCGAGGCGACGGGUAUACAGUCGUGUCGUCAAAAACCUCGCUGUGCUAAUGACCUGCAGAACAAUGCUCAAAGUCCUCGUAUAUGUGAUGGUUUUGCAGAUUGUCCCGAUUUGUCUGAUGAAAGAACGUGUACGUUUUGUACCAGCAACUCACUGUACUGUGGUAGAGGCAGAGCUUGCAUACCUCGCAAGGCUCGUUGUGAUGGCAAAGCCGAUUGUCCGGAUGGUUCGGAUGAAAAAGAUUGUCUUUCUAUAGCUCCUUUGGCUGCCGAUUUAACCAAUCCAGAACCUUUGGUUCCCUAUCUGCCAAGAUUUCAUUCUGAAGGCUUUGCUGUGUUUUCCGAAAAGGGUUCUGUGGGAAAAUUAUGUGCUGAGGGUCUGGAAGGUGAUAGCAAACUAGUGGUGAGACAAACGGUGGCAGAAUCCUUAUGCAAAUCUUUGGGUUAUGAAUCGGUGGAAAUAUUUGAGGUACAAGCGGACACUGAGAAUGUAGAAGAUUAUGUGAGGGUUUUAGAUCCUCAUGCUCCGGAAAUAUCAUUUGUUCGCACUCAUUGUCCUAGACGUGAAGUGCUUUAUGUGGGCUGUGGAGAACUGCAAUGUGGCGUUCAGUCUGUACUUACAGGAAAACAACAUUUAACUUUGCCCAAAAUGUCCGCCUCAGGAGAUUGGCCCUGGUUGGCUGCCUUAUAUCGAGAAGAUGUGCACGUCUGUGAUGGUACUUUGAUUUCUCAAGACUGGGUUUUAACCACCGAAUCCUGUUUCCAGGGCCAACCACGUGCCACUUGGAUGGCUGUAUUUGGUUCGGUGCGUUUGUCCUCAAAAGCACCUUGGACUCAGCGCCGACGCAUAAUAGGCAUGAUCAAAAGUCCUGUGGAAGGCUCUACAGCAGCUCUUAUACGUCUGGAAACUUCCGUAGUUUAUUCAGAUCAUGUGCGUCCCAUUUGCCUGCCGGAUGAGUCACAACGGAAACAGGACCAACAAAUACAAAGACGUUCUUAUGUUCCCAAAGCCGAACGUCUAGAGGGCAGAGAUGCUGUCAAACGCUUAGAACACGAGACACAACAAUAUUUCGAAUCACCCAAUUUCUAUCAGGCUAGUGAAGAUAACAGCAACUCCUAUAGUUCGGAAUACGAAUCAGCCGCUUAUAAAAUGCCUCAAGCUGAGGCUUUAGUGGACGAUAUAGAGGAAUUCAAUUUAGAUUCGUAUCCUCUGCCGGAAAGUGCCCCCCAAAUGAAUUAUUAUGGCAUUAAUGCAGCAAAUGCAAAUCAGACAACCGCUCCAAGUUCAGCGGCUUCUGUGGGUAGAACUGUAGCGCCAGUGCCGACACAAUUUGAUCAAACCUGGACAAAUUGCAAUACGUUGGGUUGGUCACGUCAACGUGAUCAUCUGCAGCGUGUUCAAUUGAAAAUCGGUGAUAUGGCGGGAUGUGAAAACAUUUCCAUAGCGACGGUGAAUAGCAUGUGUACGGAGGCAACGUACCAGAAACAUGAUUGUACGCAAGAAGAAUAUGCUGGGGCUCCAGUUCAGUGUCUCAUAACUGGUACUAAUCAAUGGGCACUCGUUGGUGUCUCCUCUUGGAGAAUAGCGUGUGCUGCGUCUGGCGUUGAAAGGCCAAGAAUGUAUGAUAAGAUUACUUCGAAUGUGGCUUGGAUACGUGAAACGGUUAAUUCGUCAUAGAACCGUUAAACGGUCCUAAAUGUAAUAUACUUAACUCUAUUUAUAUACUCGUAGGUAUUUGUAUAUAAAAAACUAAUGCUUAAAGUUUAUUUUUGAUUACUGAUACGUAAAAUUUAAAAUAAAAUUUUGAAUCUAACUUAAGUUUAAGGCAUAUUUGUAUUAAUUAUUAUAUCAAAAUUUUGGUGACUUAAAUUUUUUUUAAAAAAAAAAACAGAAAAAUAUUAUUUUUUGGAAACCAAGAACCCUAAACGUAGUUUCUUCCCAUUAAACUGAAAACCCCAAAUUUGUCAAUACAACUAAAUUAUAAAUUUAAACUAUUCUUAAUUAAUAAACCAUAAUAAAACUUGAGUAUGAAUGAGUUGCAAAUAAUUUAAAACAAAUGUUAAUUUUUUUUCAAUAAUCCAUUGAAUGACUGAUUUGCGUGAAAGUGUUGAGUAGAAUGAAUGUACAAAUAAUAUUUUGUUUUUAAUUUGUAAGUAAUUUCCAAACACUAUUUAAGUAUCAUUUUGGCAAUAAUAUUAGUGUAUUUAUUAUUUAAAUUAAAAGAAGAAAGAAAGAAAACUGUUAUUUGAAGCUAACAAAAGUUAAUGUAUUUAAUUGUUUAUAUGUUUUUAAUUUUUGGUUAAUCAUUUUUAAUAAAGAUAUAAUAAAAAAUACAUAAA